UUUCUUGAGGUGGGGCCUUAACAACGCUACGUCCUCACACCCUUUAUAAAUUAUAAAUUAGAAGGCAAUCUCUUCACAACAAUCUCUCUCUCUCUCUCUCUCUCUUGUAGAGUCUUGAAUAUCCAGACAAAACUUGAAAGGUGUAAACGGGAAACCAGAAAGAAAUGCCCAGCAGCAACGGCGUAGUAAAUGAAGCAAAGGUCCCACUGUUGGAAGACCAAUAUUCAUCAAAAGAAGAUGGAAUAGUACAACUAAGUGGUCGUGAUGAUGAUCAAGAACUAGGUCUUACACGGAGGGUCUGGAUUGAAUCAAAGAAGCUAUGGCACAUAGUGGGCCCAGCCAUCUUCAGCCGAAUCGCCUCAUACUCCAUGCUCGUCAUCACCCAAGCCUUCGCCGGCCACCUAGGAGACCUCGAACUAGCCGCCAUCUCCAUCUCCAAUAACGUCAUCGUCGGCUUCGACUUCGGUCUUUUGCUCGGAAUGGCAAGCGCGCUGGAAACCCUAUGUGGGCAAGCAUUCGGGGCGAAGAAGUACUACAUGUUGGGAGUGUAUAUGCAGCGUUCAUGGAUAGUACUCUUCAUCUGCUGCAUCUUUCUGUUGCCUCUUUAUCUCUUCGCGUCGCCGAUGCUGAAGCUGCUCGGGCAGCCGACCGACGUGGCGGAGCUGUCGGGCGUGGUGGCGGUCUGCAUGAUCCCCUUACACUUCAGCUUCGCCUUCCAGUUCCCCCUUCAGCGGUUCCUGCAGAGCCAGCUCAAGACAGGCGUCAUCGCCUGGGUCUCGCUGGCGGCCUUGGCCGUGCACAUGCUCGUCAGCUGGCUGUUUGUGUCCCAGUUCAAGCUUGGCGUCGUUGGCACCGCAAUUACCUUGAACUUCUCGUGGUGGGUUUUGGUGUUUGGUCUUUAUGGGUACACUGUUUGUGGUGGGUGUCCUUUGACUUGGGCUGGUUUCUCUCAUGAGGCCUUUUCUGGCCUCUGGGAGUUUACUAAGCUAUCCGCUUCUUCUGGGGUAAUGCUAUGCCUGGAAAAUUGGUACUAUAGAAUACUCAUUUUGAUGACUGGAAAUCUGAAGAACGCAGAGAUUGCUUUGGACGCUUUAUCUAUAUGCAUGACGAUUAACGGGUGGGAGAUGAUGAUUCCUCUUGCAUUCUUUGCUGGAACCGGAGUAAGGGUUGCAAAUGAGCUCGGAGCAGGUAAUGGCAAAGGGGCCAAGUUUGCCACUAAAGUGUCAGUAAUGACAUCAAUUGUAAUUGGACUCUUCUUCUGGUGUUUGAUCAUGACAUUCCACAAUGAGAUGGCCUUGAUAUUCACCUCAAGUAAAGCCGUCCUUGAAGCAGUAAACAAACUCUCUCUUCUAUUAGCCUUCACUAUUCUGCUCAACAGUGUUCAGCCUGUACUCUCUGGAGUUGCUGUGGGAUCUGGGUGGCAAUCCUAUGUUGCAUACAUAAACUUGGGUUGCUAUUAUCUCAUUGGUGUGCCUCUUGGGUUUUUGAUGGGAUGGGGAUUCCACCAAGGAGUUAUGGGAAUUUGGGCUGGCAUGAUCUUUGGUGGGACAGCAGUUCAGACCUUGAUCUUGAUUAUCAUCACCGCUCGAUGUGAUUGGGAAAAGGAGGCAGAGAAAGCAACCAGGAAUGCAGAGAAGUGGGCAGAAAUAAAACAAGAAGCGUAACAUAUAACCUUAAUGACCUGACAUGAAAAUUUAUGUGUAAUUUGAUUGGUAAUGUGCCAUAUAUUUGUAUUAUUCAAUUUUCUCUAUGCCAAUCGAAUUUGAAAUAAUUUACAAAUUCCAAUUUGUGAUCAA